AGCCGUAAGAGCAGUAAAAGUUUGCAUCGCUGCCAGCGCUGAAAGUUUUACGAGCGAAAAAAAAAAUUGUUUAAAUAAUAACCACACUGCUCAAGUUGCUCUCAGUUUAAGUUGAAAGCGCCGAGCUUGCGGACGUGUCGACGAUAGACAUUGAGCUGUGAAAAAUCAGCGACACUACAAUUUGUAUAUCCUAAAAGGAAUAGCGCGAAAAGCAAAGUUUAUUAGCAGCGUUGUCAACCAAACAGUUGGUACAACAGAAUGCCGCCAAACGCCACCGCUGGAGGCCAGUCGAUAACCGACUCGCUGAUCUCGUCCGCUGCCGCCGCAGCAGCUGAAUCGGAGCAGAAUCCAACGAAGCUGCAACAGGACUCGACCGGUGUGCUCUUCGAGUGCGAUGCGGAGACCAUCGAUGGUGGCCUCGUCAAGGACAUCGUGUCCAUGAAAAAGGCCGACAGACGCAAACUGAAACUGGUCUGGCGCAAUAUCAUCCUCUUUGGCUAUUUGCACUUGGCCGCUGUCUAUGGCGCCUGGCUGAUGUUAACCUCAGCCAAAUGGCAGACAGGUGCACUGGCUCUCGCUCUUUAUGCGGUCUCUGGCCUGGGCAUCACGGCUGGAGCUCAUCGUCUGUGGGCCCAUCGUUCCUACAAGGCUAAAUGGCCGCUGCGCGUGCUGCUGGUGAUCUUCAACACGGUCGCCUUCCAGGAUGCCGCCUACCAUUGGGCCCGUGACCAUCGUGUGCAUCACAAGUACUCGGAAACGGAUGCUGAUCCCCAUAAUGCCACGCGCGGCUUUUUCUUCUCGCACAUUGGCUGGCUGCUGUGCAAGAAGCAUCCCGAGGUUAAGGCCAAGGGCAAGGGUGUCGACCUAUCCGAUUUGCGUGCCGAUCCCGUCUUGAUGUUCCAGAAGAGACACUACAUGAUUCUGAUGCCUCUGGCCUGCUUCAUCUUGCCGACCAUUGCGCCCAUGUAUUUCUGGGAUGAGACUUUGGUGAAUGCCUGGUUUGUGGCUACCAUGUUCCGUUGGUGCUUCAUUCUGAAUGUGACCUGGCUGGUGAAUAGUGCUGCCCACAAGUUCGGUGGCCGUCCCUAUGACAAAUUCAUUAAUCCAUCGGAGAACAUUUCGGUUGCGGUACUUGCUUUUGGCGAGGGCUGGCAUAACUAUCAUCAUGUGUUCCCCUGGGAUUACAAGACCGCUGAAUUUGGCAAUUACUCGUUGAAUCUGACCACGGGUUUCAUUGACUUCUUUGCCAAGAUUGGAUGGGCCUACGAUCUAAAGAGUGUUUCCCCCGACAUCAUUAAGAAGCGUGUGAAGCGCACCGGCGAUGGCACCCACGCCACCUGGGGCUGGGGCGACAAGGAUCAGCUAAAGGAGGAGAUUGAUGAUGCAGUGAUAACACACAAAAAGAGCGAAUAAAUGAUGAACUAAGUUCAAGAGCUACAA